AUGGCAGCAGCACCCAAACUCAUGCAGAAGACUCAUCCAAUCUCUGUGAGAUGAGAUCCCAGCAACCCCACCUGUGGACUCUGACAGUCUAUCUUGAACACCAGGCUUCAGGACUGCUAUGUGGACUCGCCAGCUCUCACCAACAUCUACAACCAGAAAAUCAAUGCUCCCGUACCAGGUACCACCUCUUCUUGGGAAGUUGUAAAGAGCCCAUUAAUUGCCAGUUCCUUCUCCCUGGUUAAACUUUUGCUCAGGCGACAAUUGAAGGAGAAAUGCUGCCCAGUACCAUGCAAGUUUGGAGAUGCGAAACCCUCAAAGAGAUUAAAGCCCAAGGACGAUUCAGCAACGAAAGCCGCCCAGCGGGGCGGGAUAAGAAACUCCAUCAGUUCCAACAGCAAGUGGCCAGUGGGGCAGUGGCCAGGUUCACCCAGGCACAGGAGGCCUGCAGGAGGCGUCAAUGAGAAUAAAGAAAGUUCAAAGGAGAAAAAAGUAACACUCUGCCAAGAUCUUGAGAGCAGAUAUGCUGAACAUGUGGCUGCCUCCCAAGUGCUACCCCGGGACAUUGGGACAGUGUCUUGGAAGGGCCGACUCACCUCACUUCCAGAAACCAGGAAGAGACAGCAGCUGUCGGAGGAUGCAUUAACCAUCCAUGGCCUCUGCACAGAGGGCCACCGGGCUCUGCACCACACGGUGGUGGAGCCAAUGCUGUGGAAUCCUUCGGGGACCCCCGAGAGGUACACUUAGGAGCUGGGCAAGGCCAUCAAAACAAAGCCCUGGGAGGCUCUUUGCAGCCAGGCUGCCACCCCUGAAGGUGCUCAGAAGAACCCACUGCCAGACAGGAAGAGGCCAGAGGUCCACGAGUAGCAUGCUCCCAAGAAAUGGCCCAAGUCAAAGAGCGAGAAAUAG